CACCAAACUAACAUGGCAGUCAGACUGUGCGAUGUGGCUUCUCUGCUUAGAAGUGGUUCGUGGGCAGCUGAGCCUUGGACUGGGCAGGUAAUUGCUGCCAUGGAAACACAGCUGUCCAAUGGGCAAACUUGCAACAACACAAGCAACGGCCCUUCAACAAUCACAAACAACUGCUCCUCUCCCGUAGAAUCAGGGAUCAUAGAGGACAGUAAAACUAACUUGAUAGUCAACUAUCUGCCUCAGAACAUGACCCAGGAAGAGCUGAAGAGUUUGUUUGGGAGCAUCGGAGAAAUUGAGUCCUGUAAACUUGUUCGAGACAAAAUAACAGGGCAGAGUCUAGGCUAUGGAUUUGUGAAUUAUGUGGACCCAAAGGAUGCCGAAAAAGCCAUCAAUACCUUAAACGGACUGAGACUUCAGACCAAAACCAUUAAGGUUUCCUACGCACGUCCAAGCUCAGCCUCCAUCAGAGAUGCAAAUUUAUACGUCAGUGGCUUGCCAAAAACCAUGACUCAGAAAGAACUGGAACAGCUCUUCUCUCAGUAUGGACGAAUCAUUACCUCACGCAUUCUGGUUGACCAGGUGACCGGUGUCUCCAGAGGGGUAGGCUUCAUCCGAUUUGACCGUCGAAUUGAGGCUGAGGAGGCCAUUAAGGGCCUGAACUGCCAGAAACCACCUGGCGCCGCUGAACCCAUCACAGUAAAGUUUGCUAACAACCCCAGCCAGAAGACCAGCCAGGCGCUCCUCUCCCAGCUGUACCAGUCACCCAAUCGAAGGUACCCUGGACCCCUCGCACAGCAGGCGCAGCGCUUCAGGCUGGAUAACCUACUUAACAUGGCCUAUGGAGUCAAAAGCAGGUUCUCCCCCAUGGCCAUCGAUGGGGUGACCAGCCUAGCUGGCAUCAACAUCCCGGGGCACGCAAGCACCGGCUGGUGCAUCUUUGUCUACAACCUGGCUCCAGACGCGGAUGAAAGCAUCCUCUGGCAGAUGUUUGGGCCCUUUGGUGCGGUCACAAACGUCAAGGUCAUCCGUGACUUUAACACAAACAAGUGCAAAGGAUUCGGUUUUGUCACCAUGACUAACUACGACGAAGCAGCCGUGGCCAUUGCCAGCUUGAAUGGAUACCGCCUUGGGGACAGAGUUCUGCAAGUGUCAUUCAAAACCAACAAAACGCACAAAGCCUAA